UUCUUUUGUAAAGAAAAUCUUCAAGGGCUAUUGAAAAACAUGAAUUGGAAAUUUGCUACGGGGUCUAGAAUUAUUGGAUGCUAUUUAUAAAUUAUAGCCACCGCUACAAUGGCGGAGUGGCUAAAUUUUGUCCCUCCGUUGUUAUUGUUAAUGGUGUACUUAUGUGAGUGUAGUCUAGAGUUUGUUGAAGAAUGUGCUCUCAAAGGUUUCACUCCAAACCUGUUGUGUUCAACAUGCGAACUGAUGGACGACUUCAACUUGAGUCCCAUCAAGCCAAGCUGCCUCGAGUGCUGUCAGAAAGAUGAGGCCGAACAAUCAGGACCUGUUAAAUAUCCGUAUGCUGAGCUAGUCGUAUGCGGAUGAAAAUUGGGUCGAUUCCCACAAGUACAGGCAUUUGUGAAAAGUGACCGUCCAAACCAGUUUCCAAGGUUGACAGUGCGCUAUGUGCGUGGUGCCGACCCCAUUAUUAAACUUCUGGAUGAGAACCACAAUGUCGUGGAGACUUUGGGAAUCGACAAAUGGAACACUGAUUCUGUUGAGGAGUUCUUCCUUGAGCAUCUCCAGAAGUAAACGUUCCAGUAUGACUGACUGACUGACUGAAUGAUUUGUAUGAAUGUUAUUUGUAUGAAAAACACUCAUUUCAUUACUGAAUUAUUUUCUUUCUAUCAACACAGAGCAGCAUUUACUGUUUAAAAAUGGUUUAUUAUUUAUAAGGCUAGAAAAAUCAAGACUUCUAGUAAGCUAAACAUUUUGAAUAUUCAGUAUUGAUUUUCAAGCUUAUGCAAUGCAGAUGAUGUUAGUUUUUUUUUAUUCCAAGCAUUACUUUAUUUAUUGCAAUAUUGAAGUUGAAAAUUCUGCUCGAAGUUUUGGAUUCUAUUUUUAGAGAAGAUAUUCAGAAAUUGGUAAUGUUAUUUCUGCAGUGUCAGCCUUGUCAAGUCUAAUGUUUAGAGACAGGACAGUUUUAUGUCAGAUAAUAAUAUAGUUGUGUAAAGAAGAUGGCCUAAUACAUUAUAGAACAAACUCAAUAGAAAUAUUUGAGCUUAGAUCUUGACUCAUUUUGUAUUGUUAAUGACUGUGUGUGUUAGCUCCCUAUCUAUUUAUAGUAACUUAUUGCACAUGUUUGUGUUGGGUGCCUGAACUAUAUCAUUUUCACAUCAAAGAACAUUGAUGAAUAUUGAAUUCUUCUUUCAUGGAUCAGACUAUCCACAAACAUUGUACUUGACAAGUCUAUCACAUGGAAUCUGUCUAUGAUACACUGACAUCAAACCAAUUGGUGUGCCAGUGUUGAUGCUGUGCAGACCUCAGUGUGAUUCAACUCAGACAUAACAUUUUAUCAACUUUCAUUUGGUUUCUUGUAAUCUCAGCAUUGAUAAUUCAUGUUGAAUUAAUUUAUUGAGGAAAUACAUUUUGUUCAAAAAUAAAA